UUAAAGGCCUCUCGUUGGAUGAAGAGGGAUGGGAGGAACUUGAUAACCAAUCAAUGGAUGUGGAUGUGGAAUGUACCAGACAUGAUUCUAAAGAUGAUAAUGUAGAUAAUUGGGAGCCGGAUCGUUAUGAAGUGCACAAAAUUAUUGCUCAUAAGGUUGUGAAUAUCUUUACCUCGUUAUGUGGAGAGGUUACUCCAAGGACACGUAAUUCUAAUCUCGAUGAUUGCCGCGAAAAACUUGAUGAAUUCCGUAAACUUUCCAAUGAGAUGAAAAUAACCGAGCAAUGUCAUCAACAAUAUGAAUGUGAUCCUGAAGAACGUAUUAUGUUUUUAAAUGCUUACAAUGAUUCUGGUCGUAUUAACUUUGAUCUUUAUGAUAAGAUCAUUCUUGGAAGAAUAAAAAAAGAUUACGAAUAUAAUGAAUAUGUAUCUGAUCUGAUGAUCGAAUGUGUCCCUGUUGCCGAGAUCAGCGAAAGAGGUCGAAAAGAAGAAGAAGAAGCCAAGCGUCGUGAAGAAUAUGACUUGUUUUA